AUGGAGGCACCGCGCACUGUAGAGGACGUGUUCGACAACUUCAGCGCACGUCGCGAUGGCUUAAUCAAGGCUCUGACGACAGACGUCGAGGACUUCUACGCGCAGUGCGACCCCGAUAAGGAGAACCUCUGCCUUUACGGCAACCCCGAUGGAACCUGGGAGGUCCAAUUACCCGCGGAGGAGGUACCUCCCGAGCUCCCGGAGCCGGCGCUGGGCAUCAACUUCGCUCGCGACGGGAUGCAGAGGAAGGACUGGCUAGCGCUGGUGGCUGUUCACUCCGAUGCUUGGCUGAUGGCGGUGGCGUUCUAUUACGGCGCAAAGUUCGACGGGAAGGAG